AUGUGUUGUCGCUGCGUAAAAGCAAACUGCAUAAUGAACGAAAAGAUGGCCGAUUACGGCAUCAAGGACGCCGGAGAAAAAGGCUGCAACCAUAGCGAUGAGGAAUUCGAGAUCACACUCAAGAUUACUCCAGUGUUAAAGUUCGCCUCCGGUCCGGCUCAAAGCUUGCAAUUUGACUUUAAUAAGAACCUACUUGAACUGCAGAGGCCGAUCAAUUUAGAGCUGGUUACGCAAACAAACAAACUCCAGAGCAACGUCGAGAACGAGGAAAUAACAAAGGCUGAAAAAUCAGAAGUUAAAACUCAAAAAGGAAAAGUUAAAAAUACAAAGUUUGAUGGGAGUUUAGAGAGCAAAACGACCGUAGAGAAAUUCGUGAUGUUACCGGCAGAAAGCUCGCCAAAGUCUCGAAGGUCUCUCUUAAGAACUUUAUCCAAUCCAGACGCAGUAGUAAAAGAAUUAUCGCCGAGACCUGGCAGAAGAUUAUCAGAUCCUGCGGUACCUUGUGAGAAAAGCCUGGCCAAGAGCUCUUUCGACGCCCAGUCUAGCUUAAGGAAACUUCGCCCGUAUCUGAAACGCAAAGCCGCAUCUCGAAUACAGCUGUUGGGAAAAGUGAGUUCUUCCGCUGGGUGCAAGCGUAAUGACGGAGGCAAUAAAGGUCGACUGGCUAAACGUAUGUACCCCUCCUUAGGAAAGGCUUUCGAACAGUUGGUACACAUAGAAAGGCGCGGCUCUGAUCCUUCUGAUCGCCUGUCUCAAAAUGUUUCCAGCUCAGUGAACACGGUAAAUGACUACGAAGUUGCGAUAAAUGACUACUCAAACCAGAUCCAUGGAUUGGCAGUCAAUCUGGAAAAAUUAGAUGCCAGUAACAAUGCAGAAUUCGAAGAAAUCUCUGAAGACAGUCGCAAGGCAUAUCGUCGACAAAAGGCUAAGGACGACAAUAAUUACGUAGAAAACUGCUUUAAAGCUGAAGACAUCCAUUUGCAAGAAAUCUUGGAAGAAGUCCUUCGAUCGCAUCUUCUAACAAUGGAAGAUUACUCUCCUCCGAGUUGCGACCGGGCAAGCAGAAGCAUCUGUAAGAUUGUUACACGUCUGUUGGGCGGUGCGGUACAUGGCACACAUGAUGGACAGCGCAAGUUAGCCUGCGUGGUGUACAUUGGAGCAGUGAGAGAUGAAGGAAUACAGAUGGCUGCACAAGCUUUAUGGUGCCCAGAAGAGGACACUUUUGCAGCUGCGAGUUUUAGAAACGAAUCAGUGUGUGGGAUGGCAGUCAUGAUCGCAACACCGACUCGAUGA